GGUUACGGCUGGGAACAAUGCGAAUUCUCACCGAUGAGCUGCUUGUUGAGACGUCGACGAUCUCGAGCAAUCGCCACCGACUAUCUGAUCUCCACUGCAGCCGAUGGCAUGCCACUGCAGCAGCAGCAGCAGCCACCACUUUACAGACUACAUCCUGUACUGUCCUAGAUCCUCCCUCCGGUAUCCUGUGA